GGAUCCGUUGCGGUGCAACAUAUGACCGUGAUGGAGGGUGAGACUCUAACCAUUAAGUGUCGCAUUCGAAAUGCCCACAGGAGCCACGUGGAAUGGAAGAAUCCUAAUGGGCAUGUGAUGUUUUUCAAUGACCAUAAGGGUGAGGAUAUUAUAAUACCACCCUAUAGACAUUCAUUAUGAUGUAUUUUAUAUACUGAAACAAAGCAGUAUCUCCAUUUGAAAGUAGACUGGAAGCCCACUAAAAGAGCAAUACAGGACUUAUAGGUAGUUUAGGGAAAUGUGAUUUUAUUCAUAUUGACAGCUGUAUGGCUAGAAUAGUUGUACGUGAUACAAGUAAAAAUGUUUGUUCCUACUCAUAUAGUAAUAUCUUUGUUAUGAACUAAAGUAGUUGAGUCAUCUUGUGACAUGCAUUCUCUCUCCCCUAUCUUCACUAACAGCCCUGAGGGACAAGCGCUACAAGAUAAUCAACUUGUCCGAGUCCGAUUUUUCAGUCAGUGUGUCUGAUGUCACCUUCAAAGAUGGAGGCCUCUACACAUGUUUACAUCACACAAAAGUGCCUGUUGUGAAGUUUAUUACCGUGACAGUUUUGGGUAAGUAUGACAUAUUGUCACUGCAUUGUUGUCUAUAGUGAUUAAGAAAGCACACAGCCUUCGUCUUUACUGAGUAGAAUUGUCAACGCGCAUGCCCAGCCCACUUGAUUAUCUGUCUUUUUCAGCCAUCUAUUUAUUGUGUUUGAGGCAAAAUGAUUGCUUUCCACCCCUUUAUUUUAAUGUCUUCAUAAAUGCAAAUACACCCAGUAGAUAUAUGCAAAUGAGGCACAUAUAAUUUUCUUUAUUUUAACACAAUAUAAAAUAAAUACCUGAUACCAUUAGAAAAUGUAUAUAUGAGUGCAUUCUAAGAAGAACAAAAAAAGGGACAUUUUACUUCGCCGUGCCAGUAAACAUUUUUAUGUGCUAUACUUCAUUCAAUACCUGAUGGAUUAAAAUAAAUCCAAAAGUUUGGAGUAUCUUCAUCCAUGGUCCAACUUCUGCAUUCAUUAUCAUUGUUUUCAAAACCUUUUAACAAUUUUUACGACCGUUGCUAGUAGAAUAUUCGGUAACACUUUAUGUGGGUAGUCCCAAGUAAAUGGUUUGUACAUGUUCAAUAACUGUCAACAACAGUUCAACUAACUAUCCACUAACCCUUAUCCUAACCAUAACACUAACUCUAAUCCUAACCUUUAUCAAGCAGUUGCUUAUCAACAUAGUUUGUUGAUAGUAUGACCAUCUGUAGAUCAUCAAUCUGAAACUAUCCAAAUAAAGUGUGACCGGAUAUUCAUAUUGGAUCAGGAGGUAGUGCUUGCCCCAUUCCCACUUACAACUAAUGAAGUUGAAUCCCAAAAUCAUAACCUCACUCUUUUUGUCAUUCUCAAGGUAUGCCAAAAUUGGAGAUGACAGAACACAAUGGAAAGUCUGCCAUCAAAUGUUCAGCAGUGGGAAAUAGACAUCCUCCCAAAAUCUCAUGGCUUUUGGGGAGUGGGUUAGAAAUUGAUGGUAAGUGUCCUUUAUUCUAGAUUUAUUUAGUAGAUUUCAUGGCAAAGGAUUAUGUUACGAUCUAAACCUAUGAUCGAAACCUACUGAUUUUUCUACACUUGCUAUUUCUAGGGCUCCUAGGCCUAGCUAAAGGGUCUGUAACCUUAUUUAACGUGUGCAUGAAUGUGAGAAGGUGUUGAAUGCAUGUGCCCCAGGAGACAGCAAGCUUACCCGAGUUCAGGGCCAGCUCUGUCUUGACUCCUUGGUUGGCCAGCCCAAGUGAGUUAUGUUAAAAAAUGGUGCAUGACCAACAAAUAAUAGUAUAUACAAAAAUGACAACAAAACAUUGCAUGCCAAAAACUAAAGAUUCAAACCAAACCAAAGGGCCACCAAACUCCAGCAGCCUCACGGCUCUGCCAGCUGCCACACCCUGGUUUCCACACCUGUGCACAACUAACACUUAACAAGACUUCCUGGCAGAGCAUAGCCUCUGACACUACAUUGGUGUCAGAAGUGCAAUGGUGGCCGUGAGGCCAUCGGAACGCACGGUCAGACGUGUGAGGGGUUAGCGGUAGGUUGAAGCUCGGAGACUUGCCUUCCCGUUCGGAAGGGGCAGUGUAGCAAUCCUCGCAAUAUGAGGCACGUUACAAUUUCACACCAAGUGGGUUAACCCUAUUGGCGCGGUGCAUAGGGUGUUUGCCUUUCACAGCAGUGACCUGGGUUUGCUUCCCUGCCCCGCCCUGCCGUUCACUUACAUUAUUCAAUAUAUUUAACCAAUGAUAACAACCAUUGUCAUGGACUGUGGAAAAUAAAAACACAAGAUAAGUCAAAAUAGAGUAGUAGGAGACUGAGGAUGUUGUGAUGAGAUAUAACCAAGGGAAAGGCCUUAAAACAGUUUAGACUUCCCCCUCAAAAACAAAUCCCCCACACAUUCCACUUUAUCUCAUCCAAAAUAAAGGGAAGUGAAAUGUCUGUAUUCUCCCUGUAAAGGGCAGUGCAGGUCAGUAUUAUAAGAAGAAGAAUGAUGGUUGUUGUUGAUGUUCUGUUACAUAUGACAUUUUGACAAAAGUGAAUUGAACCUUUCUCUUGUUAUUUAGCUCAGCCUCAGUAUCUUUUGGAAAAAAACACAUAUUCGUCCCUGGAUAUCUUGCAUGUUCAGUCCCACAAGAGGAGAGUCACAGUGAAAUGCAUCGUUCGCCAUCCAGCCUUACACAAUUCAUCUCUGAUGAAUUCCAUCAAAAUUGGACAGAAUCGUAAGUCCCAAGUUUAUUGUUCACAAUUUUGACCUUUCACUUGAUUAGUUGUCGAGGUGGUAUCCAAGAUAUGGGAGGUUGAAUUUAGAAGGGUAUGAUAAAUGACAAUACUAUGACAUAAAACUCAGAUUACCUCCUUGAUAGUAAUGUGGAAAUAUCCAACAAAGAAUUUAAAAUAACAGGUCUGCCUUUAUUUGAAAUGUAGUUCUGCUUGCAGUGGUCUAUUUGAGGAACAUUGUAAAGUGGAAAGUGUGCACAUUUGUGGUUUCAAUGCACAGUCACACUGUGGGUACUUUCUCACUGGUUUAAAAUAUGCCAUGAGAACGGUAGGGUCAUGGCACACUAGGAUAUGUCUACCACACAAACAUCAAUAACUGGAAUUCCCUUUUAUCUUAUAGCCCCUGAGGAAUCACACUCCACUGCGGGAACCUCUCAUUGGCCCAGUACAGAAGGUCCAACAGAGGUACCAACAACAACAGUCUCCCGUUGGCCUAGUACACAGGUGUCAACAGAAACACCAACAGCUACAGCCUUAGAUUGGCCCAAUACAAAGGGAUCACCAGCAUCAACCCCUGACUCACAACUCAGCACUCACAGUAAGUAAAAAUUAUUAACAGCCAUGGUGCCCUGAGGUUACAUCUACAAAUGUUUUGCGAGUUGGUUUUCAACAUGUUUUGUGAAAACUGCUUAGGCGCAAAACAAAAGCACUUGGUUCUCAUACCACCAAGUCUGUUUCCUGAAAUGGAAGCGAAUAGCAAUAUUAGCCAUAUAUGUCCUCAAUUGUAAACCUCAGUCAAAGUUUCAGGCAUUUUAUUCUUUUUUGUUUUGUUAAUUUAAGGUACCCAGAGUUUGUCAUUUUAUUGUUAUAUAUACAGUAUAUUGACUUAAAUUAGAACAUUUUCAUCUGUGGUACAAUCAGUGAAUGAAAAUGACAUACACUGUACUGUAAUAUCAAUGCAAUAAAACCACACAUCAACAACUAGAAGUCUAUUUAGUUUGUAAUGAAUCAACAAAUGCAUUUCCUCAUUGGAUUUAUCAAUGUCUGUCGAAUAUAUUUUCCUCCAGGUCAGCCAGCCCACUCAGUGUUCGAAGCUACAGGGUACACACUUGCUAAUGACAGCAGCAGCAACUCAACCAGUACUGCUGGUAAGAACAAGACUAACCAUAGCGAGUAUUGUAUGGGAAGAAAUUCACAGUAUCAUUGCCAUCUAGUCUUACAAGUUAUUCAGUGGGCUGCUUCUCCACCUAGUGGUGACUUUCCAUCACUACAGAUUAGGGUUGAAUGGCGGGGACACCGUUACCGAGAUUUACCCGGAUUUACCGACCAAAAACCACUCCCUUUUCCCGGGAUAAAUAACUGCGAAAAAAAAGAAAUUAUUUAUAUGAACAGCAUGGCGUGAAAUGGAACUGUUAAAUUACAUGUGAUGUCUAAAUCUGGCUUCUCUACACCCUCUGCAUGAUGAAUCAAGGCUCAGGGUGGGGACAGACAGCCCAUCUCAGUAUGGAGAGCAGUUCACAAUGCAUGUAGUAGACCUAUCAUCUCAUCAUGCUAACUUUUUUUCUUGUGACCGGUAGGCCUACAGUGGCUUGCGAAAGUAUUCACCCCCCUUGGCAUUUUUCCUAUUUUGUUGCCUUACAACUUGGAAUUAAAAUUGAUUUUGGGGGGGUUUGUAUCAUUUGAUUUACACAACAUGCCUACCACUCUGAAGAUGCAAAAUAUAUUUUAUUGUGAAAAAAAAACAAGAAAUAAGACUAAAAAACACAACUUGAGCGUGCGUAACUAUUCACCCCCCCAAAGUCAAUACUUUGUAGAGCCACCUUUUGCAGCAAUUACAGCUGCAAGUCUCUUGGGGUAUGUCUCUAUAAGCUUUGCACAUCUAGCCACUGGGAUUUUUGCCCAUUCUUCAGGGCAAAACUGCUCCAGCUCCUUCAAGUUGGAUGUUUUCCGCUGGUGUACAGCAAUCUUUAAGUCAUACCACAGAUUCUCAAUUGGAUUGAGGUCUGGGCUUUGACUAGGCCAUUCCAAGACAUUUAAAUGUUUCCCCUUAAACCACUAAAGUGUUGCUUUAGCAGUAUGCUUAGGGUUAUUGUCCUGCUGGAAGGUGAACCUCCGUCCCAGUCUCAAAUCUCUGGAAGACUGAAACAGGUUUCCCUCAAGAAUAUCCCUGUAUUUAGCGCAAUCCAUCAUUCAUUCAAUUUUGACCAGUUUCCCAGUCCCUGCUGAUUAAAAACAUCCCACAGCAUGAUGCUGCCACCACCAUGCUUCACAGUGGGGAUGGUGUUCUCGGGGUGAUGAGAGGUGUUGGGUUUGUGCCAGACAUAGUGUUUUCCUUGAUGGCCAAAAAGCUCAAUUUUAGUCUCAUCUGACCAGAGUACCUUCUUCCAUAUGUUUGGGGAGUCUCCCACAUGCCUUUAGGCGAAAACCAAACAUGUUUGCUUAUUUUUUUCUUUAAGCAAUGGCUUUUUUCUGGCCACUCUUCCAUAAAGCCCAGCUCUGUGGAGUGUAUGGCUUAAAGUGGUCCUAUGGACAGAUACUCCAAUCUCCGCUGUGGAGCUUUGCAGCUCCUUCAGGGUUAUCUUUGGUCUCUUUGUUGCCUCUCUGAAUAAUGCCCUCCUUGCCUGGUCUGGGAGUUUUGGUGGGCGGCCCUCUCUUGGCAGGUUUGUUGUGGUGCCAUAUUCUUUCCAUUUUUUAAUAAUGGAUUUAAUGGUGCUCCGUGGGAUGUUCAAGGUUUCGGAUAUUUUUUUAGAACCCAACCCUGAUCUGUACUUCUUCACAGCUUUGUCCCUGACCUGUUUGGAGAGCUCCUUGGUCUUCAUGGUGCCGCUUGCUUGGUGGUGCCCCUUGCUUAGUGGUGUUGCAGACUCUGGGGCCUUUCAGAACAGGUGUAUAUAUACUGAGAUCAUGUGACACUUAGAAUGCACACAGGUGGACUUUAUUUAACUAAUUAUGUGACUUCUGAAGGUAAUUGGUUGCACCAGAUCUUAUUUAGGGGCUUCAUAGCAAAGUGGGUGAAUACAUACAGUGAGGGAAAAAGGUAUUUGAUCCCAUGCUGAUUUUGUACGUUUGCCCACUGACAAAGAAAUGAUCAGUCUAUAAUUUUAAUGGUAGGUUUAUUUUAACAGUGCGAGACAGAAUAACAACAAAAAAAUCCAGAAAAACUCAUGUCAAAAAUGUUAUAAAUUGAUUUUCAUUUUAAUGAGGGAAAUAAGUAUUUGACCCCCUAUCAAUCAGAAAGAUUUCUGGCUCCCAGGUGUCUUUUAUACAUGUAACAGGCUGAUAUUAGGAGCACACUCUUAAAGGGAGUGCUCCUAAUCUCAGCUUGUUACCUGUAUAAAAGACACCUGUCCACAGAAGCAAUCAAUCAAUCAGAUUCCAAACUCUCCACCAUGGCCAAGACCAAAGAGCUCUCCAAGGAUGUCAGGGACAAGAUUGUAGACCUACGCAAGGCUGGAAUGGGCUACAAGACCAUCGCCAAGCAGCUUGGUGAGAAGGUGACAACAGUUGGUGCGAUAAUUCGCAAAUGGAAGAAACACAAAAUAACUGUCAAUCUCCCUCGGCCUGGGGCUCCAUGCAAGAUCUCACCUCGUGGAGUUGCAAUGAUCAUGAGAACGGUGAGGAAUUAGCCCAGAACUACACAGGAGGAUCUUGUCAAUGAUCUCAAGGCAGCUGGGACCAUAGUCACCAAGAAAACAAUUGGUAACACACUACGCUGUGAAGGACUGAAAUCGUGCAGCGCCCGCAAGGUCCCCCUGCUCAAGAAAGCACAUAUACAGGGCCGUCUGAAGUUUGCCAAUGAACAUCUGAAUGAUUCAGAGGAGAACUGGGUUAAAGUGUUGUGGUCAGAUGAGACCAAAAUGGAGCUCUUUGGCAUCAACUCAACUCGCCGUGUUUGGAGUAGGAGGAAUGCUGCCUAUGACCCCAAGAACACCAUCCCCACCGUCAAACAUGGAGGUGGAAACAUUAUGCUUUGGGGGUGUUUUUCUGCUAAGGGGACAGGACAACUUCACCACAUCAAAGGGACGAUGGACGGCGCCAUGUACCGUCAAAUCUUGGGUGAGAACCUCCUUCCCUCAGCCAGGGCAUUGAAAAUGGGUCGUGGAUGGGUAUUCCAGCAUGACAAUGACCCAAAACACACGGCCAAGGCAACAAAGGAGUGGCUCAAGAAGAAGCACAUUAAGGUCCUGGAGUGGCCUAGCCAGUCUCCAGACCUUAAUCCCAUAGAAAAUCUGUGAAGGGAGCUGAAGGUUCGAGUUGCCAAACGUCAGGCUCGAAACCUUAAUGACUUGGAGAAGAUCUGCAAAGAGGAGUGGGACAAAAUCCCUCCUGAGAUGUGUGCAAAGCUGGUGGCCAACUACAAGAAACGUCUGACCUCUGUGAAUGCCAACAAGGGUUUUGCCACCAACUACUAAGUCAUGUUUUGCAGAGGGGUCAAAUACUUAUUUCCCUCAUUAAAAUGCAAAUCAAUUUAUAACAUUUUUUACAUGCGUUUUUCUGGAUUUUGUUGUUGUUAUUCUGUCUCUCACUGUUCAAAUAAACCUACCAUUAACAUAAUAGACUGAUCAUGUCUUUGUCAGUGGGCAAACGUACAAAAUCAGCAGGGGGAUCAAAUACUUUUUUCCCUCACUGUAUGCACAAAACACUUUUCCAUUAUUUUUUCAUUUCACUUCACCAAUUUGGACUAUUUUGUAUGUCCAUUACAUGAAAUCCAAAUAAAAAUCAAUUUAAAUUACAGGUUGUAAUGCAACAAAAUAGGAAAAACGCCAAGGGGGAAGAAUACUUUUGCAAGGCACUGAAUAUUUGUUGCAGCAUAGCCUAUGCUACAGUAAUAUAAACACCGAAUGUGCGUCUAUUUUAAGACCUCCAUCUGGUUUUCGGGUUCACCUUGUUUUUUAAUUGUAAAUAUUUUUUAAUUGCAGCUGUAGAGUUUUAAAAAAGCCUAUCACUCAAAUAUCAUAGCUUUAAAUCAGUGCACGCGCGAGCACUCUCUCACAGUCUUUCUCUCUUUCCAUCAACUCCAUUCAAAUUGCAUCCAAAAUAGAUGAUCCUGUUCUAGUUUGAUAUAUAGCCCUAUAUAUAGAUCUCCUAGCCUACCUCUUUCAGGUAAUACAUUCAAUGCAGUAUUAGCCUUUAUAUUUAGCUAAUUAAUGCUGGGUUAUGCAUAAUAAGCUUCUAACUUAUAGCCUCUGUCUCUUGCACAAUACGCAAACACCUGUGUUCCACUGGCCUCCUUAAAAAAACACUCCUUAGCUCUUGGAGUCCCAUGCAGGAAAAUCUAGAAAAGCUUGCUGGACAUUUUUAUUUUUGUUGCAUUUCUUAUACCAAUAAACUAUUCGAAGAGGGACGCAAGCUCUAUUUUGCUGAAUGUUAAGCAGCCAAUAGAACUCAUGAGUAAUGUAGUUUGAAAAAAGAGUGAACGUGUGAUGGCGGUAGAUGGUAGCAGUCAUUUAUUCAGACCCAUAACUAUUCAAUCUUCGUGAAGAGAAGUGAAAGCCUUCUGCAUCUAAUUCUAGUCCUAUAUUAUUCAGGGAUGUCAUUUGAAUGAUGACGAUAAGGACAACAAAACGUAUUUAAUUUAACUGUUGAAAGCGAGGAAGGAAUGACGCAACAAUAGAGAGAGAAAGAGGUAGGCUAAUAACAUUAGGGAAAAUAUAAUGAAAGGUAGCCCUAUAUACAUUCAUGCAUUCGGAAAGUAUUCAGACCCCUUGAUUUUUUUUCCACAUUUUGUUAUGUUACAGCCGUAUUCUAAAAUUUAUUAAAUAAAUGUUUCUCCUCAUCAAUCUACACACAAUAACCCAUAAUGACAAAGUGAAAACAAGUUUUUAGAAAAACAGAAAUACGUUAUUUACAUAAGUAUUCAGACCCUUUGCUAUGAGACUCGAAAUUGUGCAUCCUGUUUCCAUUGAUCAUCCUUGAGAUGUAUCUACAACUUGAUUGGAGUCCACGUGUGGUAAAUUCAAUUGAUUGGACAUGAUUUGGAAAGGCACACACCUGUCUAUAUAAGGUCCCACAGUUGACAGUGCAUGUCAGAGCAAAAAGCAAGUCAUGAGGUCGAAGGAAUUGUCUGUAGAGCUCCAAGACAGGAUUGUGUCGAGGCACAGAUCUGGGGAAGGGUACCAAAAACAUUCUGCACCAUUGAAGGUCCCCAAGAACACAGUGGCCUCCAUCAUUCUUAAAUGGAAUAAGUUUGGAACCACCAAGACUCUUCCUAUAGCUGGCCCCCGGCCAAACUGAGCAAUCGGGGGAGAAGGCCCUUGGUCAGGGAGGUGACCAAGAACCCGAUGGUCACUCUGACAGAGCUCCAGAGUUCCUCUGUGGAGAUGAGAGAACCUUCCAGAAGGACAACCAUCUCUGCAGCACUCCACCAAUCAGGACUUUAUGAUAGAGUGGCCAGACGGAAUCCACUCCUCAGUAAAAGGAACAUGACAGCCCGCUUGGAGUUUGCCAAAAGGUUCUCUGGUCUGAUGAAAUCAAGAUUGAACUCUUUGGCCUGAAUGCCAAGCAUCCUGUCUGGAGGAAACCUGGUACCAUCCCUACGGUGAAGCAUGGUGGUGGAAGCAUCAUUAUGUAGGGAUGUUUUUCAGCAGGGACUGGGAGACUAGUCAGGAUAGAGGGAAAGAUGAACGGAGUAAAGUACAGAGAGAUCCUUGAUGAAAACCUCCUCCAGAGCGCUCAGAACCUCAGACUGGGGCAAAGGUUUACCUUCCAACAGGGCAACCACCCUAAGCACACAGCCAAGACAACGCAGGAGUGGCUUUGGGACAAGUCUCUGAAUGUCCUUGAGUGGCCCAGCCAGAGCCCGGACUUGAACCCGAUCAAACAUCUCUGGAGAGACCUGAAAAUAGCUGUGCAGCGACCCUCCCCAUCCAACCUGACAGAGCUUGAGAGGAUUCACAGAGAAUAAUGGGAGAAACUCCCCAAAUACAGGUGUGCCAAGUCAUACCCAAGAAGACUCGAGGCUGUAAUCGCUGCCAAAGGUGCUUCAACAAAGUACUGAGUAAAGGGUCUGAAUACUUACGUAAAUGUGAUAUUUCAGUUUUUUAUUUGUAAUAAAUUAGCAACAUUUUCAAAAAACCUGUUUUUGCUUUGUCAUUAUGGGGUAUUGUGUGUAGAUUGAUGAAGGAAAAAACUAUUUAAUCAGUUUUAGAAUAAGGCUGUAACGUAACAAAAUAUGUAAAAAGUGAAGGGGUCUGAAUACUUUCCGAAUGCACUGUAUGCGUCAGCCAACUAAUUAUACAAAUAGGCACUAUUAUAUUUCAAAAUUAAAAUCAAAUUCGCUAGCCUAUACUUGUAACUUUGUAGGCUGCAUGUGCUGCACCAGAAUCGCAUGUUCUCUUCUGCUUUAUCAUGGUUGGAACGAUGUGCGUAAUUCCAGUCCGUACAAUACAGUAAUAGAGUUCACACUCUAUUAGUCUCUUGGAGCUAGAUUAAUUAAUUUAACCAAGAGAGCAUAUACAGUGGGGGAAAAAAGUAUUUAGUCAGCCACCAAUUGUGCAAGUUCUCCCACUUAAAAAGAUGAGAGAGGCCUGUAAUUUUCAUCAUAGGUACAAUUGGUGGCUGACUAAAUACUUUUUUCCCCCACUGUAUGUAUUGGAUAAUGGCACAAUCAUUUGGGCUUUUUUGGGCUUGGGCUCAUUAAAUGUCGCUAAUGUAAGGCUCAUAAGAUGUAUUUAAUAUAUGGCUCAUCAGGCUCAGGUAGCAUCAGGUUUGAAUUUUCAUGCUGAUCAAAGCUCUAAUCAAAUCCAUACAUUUUUAUAUGCUUUAGAAUGCUUUUGAAUGACACUUCCUGUUUUGGUGGGAAAUACCGGGUGACCCGGGAGAAAAGUGGUUUGUUCUCAGGAUGGAACAUUUGUAAAAUACCGGGAAAAUAUUCAACCCUUCUACAGAUGUCCAUCAUAGCAGCAUCCAAUAUUAUUUUAUUAUAGUAUCAAUUGAAUUGAAUCACUAUUGUUUUAUCCACAAAUACACUCCAUAUCCUCCUGAACAAGGUGACUGUAGGUACUGUCUAGAAUAGCUGUAUGAUGCAAUCAUUCAUUCAUUACCCUGUAAUUCCCUGUAGAUUGGUCGUCAGUGUCCCAGACAACAGAGAACACACCUCAUAAUGGCACAGGAACCAACUCCACUAAUGCUAGAGGUAAGUCAGUCUUACUAUUUUUCCGAAGUGCAUAGAGAUCUGGUUAAGUGAGUCAUGUUUAGGGUCUGUGUAAGCCAGACAUGGAUAUAAGGCUACAGUAGAAGAGGCUAAAGUUGCACUGAUGGUCUCAUUCACAGGAAGCUUCUUCGAUGAGACGGAGAGACAGAAAGGAAAUGGAGGAAGUGCGCCAUUGCUCAUCUUCCUCGUGACAUGCCUCAUCCUUGGUCUGCUGGUGGUCGUUACGUUCUUUGUAAUCAAGCUGAGGAGGGCUCACAUACUCUGGAAGAAAGGUAACCAGAGACCAGCACACCUCUCGGCUCUCACUGUUUAGGAUCUUCUCAUGACUUUGCAUGUUUGGUCAUCUUUGGUUUAUGGCAGGUGUGCACAACUCAAGUCCUCAACUGGAAUUUCGCUCUGUUGGUUUUCCUUUCUCCCUGGCACUUGGAUCAGUUGGUAUUAACCAAACGUGGUUUUUCAGGUCUAGAUCAGAAAAAACAAAAACCAGUAAAUAACCUGCAGCCCUCAAGGACUUGAGUUGUGCACCCCUGUUUAUGUAUGUCUGCCACUAAAUCUUAAACUUUUCACAAGUAAUUAUUCAGAAAUUAUCAUAGUUUUGAUCAUUACAGAAAAUGAAGACUCUGAUCAAUCUGUGGAGAGCAGCAGAUCAAAAUCAAGCAAUGAAGAAAAACAAUCCAGAAGAAGAAGGGGAAAUGGUAAUAUUUUAUAUCCUACAUAGUGUGAUUUCUGUGACAUGCCUAUAAAAAAGACUUCAGCCAAUGAAAGAGCACAAUGACAAAAAAGCACAAUUAUAAGGCCUAUCCCACAAUUCAAUGUCUAUUCCACGUUGGUUCAACUUAAUUUCAUUGAAAUGACGUGGAAACAACGUUGAUUCAACCAGUGUGUGCCCAGUGGGAUGUCUAAUAUAUUCUCAAAUUGUAGGAAAUGUUAUAUGUUCCACAUGGUAAAAAAUGCCUGUUUUUCUAGGACUUUUUAACAUUGGAUUCACAAAGUAUGUCGUUGAGGAACCCAUGGCAACAGAGACGACGACGACAACAACAAACACUAAAACAGAAGGGGCUCCUGAAAUUCAAGUCAUCCCACAAACAAAUGGAGCAACCCAAAGCCCUCAGAUCAAGGAGAUGGAACUGUAAAAAAUGUGUGUUUUAAUAUAGAGAAUUCUAAAUCAUAAGUACCUUAGAUUUUUUUUUUAAUGUAAUAUUGUUUUAAAACGUGCUGUGAUAUGGUGGAUAAUUCUGUGCAUACACAGGCUCAUAAGCUUUACUUUUGUACUGAAAAACUUGAAAACAAUUAAGAAUAUACAACAUAAUUAUAUGGAUUAUUCUGUGGAAGUACCCCCCCACACACACACACACAGC